AUGGUGGCAGGAGGAUUUGCAGGAGGAGGAGUCACCUCGGCUGCUCGAAAAAGGUACACGCGCUUCGUCUUAUCCGUAUCGAAAAUUCGCCGACCAGUGCAAGCCACAAUUUCUUUCUCGGAUGCCGACUAUGAAGGGGUAGCUCCUCACGAGGAUGAUCCUAUCGUCAUUUCGACGAUAGUGAUGGGCUAUAAUGUGAAGCGCGUUCUGGUCGACCAGGGAAGUUCAGCCGACAUCCUCUUUUGGGAAGCUUUCGUGGGAAUGAAGAUCCUCAGCGACCGGCUGGUGCCUUACGCAGGAACACUGGUGGGAUUUGCAGGAGAUCAGGUUAUAGCUAAGGGAUACGCCGAUCUAGAAACGACCUUCGGUCAGGGCUCACAGAUGAAGACGGUGACCAUUCGGUAUUUGGUGGUGAAUUCUCAAUCGUCAUACAAUAUACUCAUCGGCAGGCCUACGUUGAAUAAAUUAGGGGCUGUUGUAUCAACGACGCAUCUGAAAGUGAAGUAUUUGUUACCAAAUGGAGAGGUCGGAGUCAUCAAGGUGGACCAGGAGGUCGCCCGGAAGUGUUAUGUGGAUAGUCUGAAGGCGAGGAGGCGUUUAUACACCGCACCUGCUGAAAGACACAUUCACUCCAUCGAGUUGGACCCUAGGAUGGGGCAAUUUGAUCACCGACCAGCCCCUGCGGAAGACGUCAAGGAAGUAGUGGUGAUGGAAGGAAGAACGGUGAAGAUUGGCACCUCGUUGACCCCUGAAAACGAGGAAAGAUUGAUCAAGGUUCUGCAGAAAAAUGUGUCGGCUUUCGCAUGGAACUCCAGCGAUAUGCCGGGCAUCGACCCCGACUUCCUAUGCCACAGACUAGCUAUAGACCCUAACGCAAAAGCAGUAAUCCAAAAGAGGAGGAAGUUCGGAGAGGAGAAACGAAGGGCCAUUGCGGAAGAGACAAAUAAGCUAGUACUGGCAGGACAUGUCCGAGAGAUCCAGUAUCCGACAUGGUUGGAGAAUGUGGUGAUGGUUCGUAAGAGUAAUGGGAAGUGGAGGAUGUGUACGGAUUUCACUGAUCUCAAUAAGGCUUGCCCGAAGGAUUCGUACCCGCUGCCCAACAUAGACUGUUUGGUCGAUGGGGCGUCGAGGUACGAGUUGUUGAGUUUCAUGGACGCCUACUCGGGUUACAACCAGAUCCGCAUGCAUCCGAUGGAUGAAGACAAGACAGCUUUCAUAGCAGAUCAGGCCAAUUUCUGUUACAGGGUCAUGCCGUUCGGCCUAAAGAACGCGGGGGCGACCUAUCAACGACUAAUGGACAAGGUCUUAGUGGAUCAGCUGGGUCAAAAUGUGGAAGCUUAUGUAGACGACAUGGUCGUGAAGUCGGCCAGUAUUGAUCGGCAUUUCGGCGACUUACAGGAAUUGUUUGACACUAUCAGAAAGUUCCAGCUGAAGUUGAAUCCCGAGAAGUGUUCGUUCGGGGUCCAAGCGGGAAAAUUCCUUGGUUUUUUGCUAACUCAUCGAGGCAUCGAGGCAAACCCCGACAAGUGUUCAGCCAUCAUCAAUAUGAGGAGCCCAUCUACGGUGAAGGAAGUCCAACAACUAGCAGGAAGGAUGGCGUCCCUGUCUCGUUUCCUAUCAAGGGCAACUGAUAAGGCGUUACCACUCUUCCAAUGUUUGAAGAAGAACGACCGCUUCACUUGGACCACCGAGUGCGAGGAAGCUUUCAUGGAACUUAAGAGGUCUCUGUCAUCGUCGCCGAUUCUGACAAGGCUGCGGACGAGCCUCCCCUUACUGGUCUACAUAUCGGCAUCCGACCGAGCAGUCAGCUCAGUACUUGUACAAGAACAGGAAGGUUCACAAAUUCCUAUUUACUUCGUGAGCAGGGUCUUACAGGGAGCAGAGACAAGGUACCAGAAGAUCGAAAAGCUAGCCCUCGCGAUACUAGUUACCGCUAGGAAGCUGAGGCACUAUUUUCAGAGCUACGAGGUGGUAAUCCAAACUGAUUAUCCGAUUCGCCAAGUCUUGCAGAAACCCUAUCUGGUAGGAAGAAUGAUGAAGUGGUCGGUCGAACUAUCAGAGUUCUCCAUCAAGUAUGAACUAAGAGGGGCGAUCAAAGCUCAAGCUUUAGCCGACUUCGUGAUGGAGUUGACCCCUCCGGCUGAGGAAGGCACGGUCAGAGAAACCCAAUGGAUUCUAUCAGUAGAUGGUGCUUCGAAUCUAGGAGGAAGUGGAGCUGGAAUUGUCUUGGAAGGCCCGGAAGGAAUACUACUAGAGCAGUCAUUACGAUUUGAGUUCCGGGCAAGCAACAACCAAGCCGAGUACGAGGCGUUGUUGGCAGGGAUGAGUUUGGCGAAGGAGAUGGGGUGGACGAGCUUGUCAGCUAGAAGCAACUCCCAGUUGAUCACUGGACAAGUCGCGGGAACCUUCCAAGCGAAGGAUCCUCAAUUGGCAAAGUACUUGGAAAAAGUUAAGCUCUUAUCGAAAAAUUUCUGA